AUGGGUUGCUGCAAUACAACAGCAGCAACGCAGCAGCAGCAGCAGCACUGCAGCAGCACUGCAGCAGCAGCAGCACUGCAGCAGCAGCAGCAGUACGGCAGCAGCACUGCAGCAGCACUGCAGCAGCACUGCAGCAGCACUGCAGCAGCACUGCAGCAGCACUGCAGCAGCAAUGCAGCAGCACUGCAGCAGCAGCGCAGCAGCACUGCAGCAGCAAUAGAGCAGCAGCAGCAGCAGCACUACAGCAGCAGCAGCAGCAGCACAGCACGAGGUGUAUGUACAGCUGAGUAG